AUGGUUAUAGAGCCCCAGGAGUGGUCAAAUGAUUUAUUGUUGGGCCACAUAUUCUUCACAGCUUCAGAAGGUUUCCACUGCAUGUUCGGCAGGGUAGAGCCCUCAGUCCAGGGCCCAAUUUGCUGCUGCGACCUGGUUGGCCCGGUCAAUCAGUCCACGCUGGUCGUCCAGGGCUGUGCUGAAAGGAGUGGCUUCACACUGACGUCGGUGGUGAUCCACGAGAUCGGCCACGCUAUCGGCUUCUACCACGAACAGUCGCGCAUGGACCGGGAUGGCAGCAUCCUCAUCCUGUGGGAGAACGUGCCGCGUGACAGGGCUUCCCAAUUCGCCCAGACCCUGGAGAACAGCCGAAAUGUACCAUACGACGUCACCUCGGUCAUGCAGUACUCACAAGCCGCGUUCAGCGCACAGCGGUUCGAGAAGAACACGAUCGUAACGCUGGACCCCCACCUGCAGCUCAGGCUCGGCGGAGACGGCGUGCUCAGCUUCCGGGACCGCAAGCUUGCCAACCUGAUGUACUCUUGUCCCGAUCUGUGUCCCAACCGACGCAGCAGGCAUUGCGAGAACGACGGCUUCCUCUUCCAGCCCAGCGGAGCGAGCGACGAGGAACCCUGCAAAUGCGUCUGCCCGCCCAACACGGCUGGAGAGCGAUGCGAGGAGCUGCGAGGAACGUACUACGGCGAUCCCGUAUGCGGAGGCAAUGUGACCACGGCCGGCGAAGUCAUCGAGACACCUGGUUUUCCCAACAGGGACGUCGACUACAAAGGUUGCACCUGGUGGAUACAGGCACCCGUAGGUCAGGUGCCACGCUUGACAUUCGAGGAGUUCAGCAUCGAGCCGCGACUGCAGCUUCCAGAAGAGCACCCGGCCAGCGCCUACAACGGACAGUGUGCCCGCGAGCGCCUGGAAGUUCGCACGAGAGACCGUUACCACGGAAAGAUGUACUGUGGCAACGAGAUCAAACCCAACGAGACGAUGACCGCGCAGACGCCUGACAUGGUGCUCAUCAUGGGAGCCAAGAGGACCAACACGGGAAAGGGAUUCAGAGCGCGCGUUGACUUCGUCGACAAGGCCUCCGGCCUGGGUGAGAUCGCGAACACUAUCGCCAACGUCAUCAGCACGGCGCAGAACUUCGUCGAAGCGCAGAUGAGCGGAAGAUAACAGUUGAAGGGACGAACCGCGAACUCGCUCGCAAAGUCAAUGUCUCUUUUAGAUACGCCUCUUAAUUUACACAAUCACAUAUUAGAUUUGAUGUAACCAAUUUCAUUUUGCUGAAAUAAAGGAAGACAUUUAUUUUGAAAGA